GAUGCUGGCGGCGGGGCUUCCGCUGCGUCCGGGGGGAAGAUGAACUACAUGCCGGGCACCGCGAGCCUCAUCCAGGACAUCGACAAGAAACACUUGGUCCUCCUCAGAGACGGCAGAACGCUGAUAGGAUAUUUACGAAGCAUUGAUCAGUUCGCCAAUUUGGUGUUGCACCAGACGGUGGAGCGCAUUCACGUGGGUAAAAAAUACGGCGACAUCCCCCGUGGCAUCUUUGUGGUGAGGGGCGAGAACGUGGUUCUUCUGGGAGAAAUUGACCUGGAGAAGGAAAGCGACACCCCAUUGCAGCAAGUGUCGAUCGAGGAGAUCCUGGAGGUCCAGCGGGUAGAGCAGCAGGCGAAGCAGGAGUCGGAGAAGCUGAAAGUGCAGGCCCUGAAGGAGCGGGGCCUCUCCAUCCCCCGGGCCGAUACCCUUGAUGAAUACUAGAAAGUCUGCAUGGACAGGCGGCAG